ACUCCAAUUGCACCAGCAGCAAGGAUAGAAGCAAUUGCUGAAAAUGCUUGGGGUCAUUUUCCCUUCACGGGGUUUGUGGCGAUGAUGUCGGAAAUUGGGACUUUGAUGGUGGAUUGUCUUGCAACUUCUUAUUUAUCUAGGUUGCACCCCAACAAGGCUCAUCUAGAGGAGAGUGGGGAUGAGGAGAGGGCAGGGGAUAGUUCUGGUUCUAGUCCAUCUCAGCUUAUUCUCCAUCGGGUUAUUACACAGAUACUUGUUUUGGAGUUGAGAAUUGUGGUGCACUCUGUGAUUACAGGAAUUUCGUUAGGAGCUUCUGCAAGUCCCAACACAAUAAGACCUCUAGUGGCUGCUCUAAGCUUUCAUCAAUUGUUUGAGGGUAUGGGAAUUGGUGGAUGCAUUACUCAGGCGAAAUUCAAGACCAAAACUAUUGUGAUAAUGGCACUAUUCUUCUCUCUAACAACCCCAGUUGGCAUUGCAAUUGGCAUAGGCAUAGCAAAUGUCUAUAAUGAGAGCAGUCCUAAUGCUCUUAUUGUCGAAGGAAUUUUCAAUGCUGCAUCAGCUGGUAUCCUAAUCUACAUGGCACUUGUGGAUCUUCUGGCAGCUGAUUUUAUGCAUCCAAAAGUGCAAAGUAAUGGAGCACUUCAAUUUGGGGUUAAUGUAUCUCUUUUUCUAGGAGCUGGUUGUAUGUCUCUCCUUGCCAAAUGGGCUUGAAGCUUUAGCUAUCU